UACAAUUAAUCGCGGCAUUGAGGCCGAGGGGUCGUCGCCCUCGCUCACUUUCGCUCGAUCUCUCGCGUUGAAUCGAAUCUCGACUCACUCGAGACCCUCGUCGUCGGUCCGCCUCGCCUCCGGUCGCCAUGUCUCAGGUGGACAACAGGAACUCUUCUGCUGCCAAGCGUGCUAGAACCGAUGGUAGUCGGAGGGAAGAUGACUGGACUUGCCCUAGCUGUGGGAAUGUAAACUUUUCAUUCCGGACAACUUGCAACAUGCGGAAUUGCACUCAACCAAGGCCAGCUGAUCAUAACUCGAAGUCUGCAAUGAAGCCAGUGCAACUCCCUCAGAGUUAUUCAUCGCCAUCCCCAUAUAUGGGUGCUGGGGGCCCUUCUUCUAUAUAUAUGGGAAUGCCGCCGUAUGGUUCUCUCUUUAAUGGUUCCUCAAUACCACCGUAUGAUGUUCCAUUUUCUGGGGGCUCAGCGUAUCAUUACAAUUAUGGUGGUCGCCUUUCUGCUGGUAAUCCUUAUAGACCGCUUCAUCUAUCUGGAGCGGCACCUUAUUCAAGUGGAUCGAUGAUUGGAAAUGGUGGAAUGUAUGGGAUGCCUCCUAUGAUGGACAGAUAUGGCUUGGGUCUUCCAAUGGGCCCUGGUGGCAUGGGACCACGGCCUGGAUUUUUCCCUGAUGAUAAACUUCAAAAGAGGGGGGCAGAUGCAACACGUGAUAAUGACUGGACGUGCCCGAACUGUGGAAAUGUUAACUUCUCUUUUAGAGAAGUAUGCAACAUGAGGAAGUGCAACACUCCAAAGCCUGGAUCACAGGUUUCAAAACCUGAUAAAAACUAUAAACAAAAAAUGCCUGAGGGUAGUUGGAAGUGUGAGCAAUGUGGUAACAUAAAUUACCCAUUCCGGACAAAGUGCAACAAACAGAAUUGCGGCGCCGACAAACCAUCUGAGGCUGAGAAAUCUCCCCCUCCAGCAGAGGAUGAAAAUGAUCAGUGAGUACUAGGACAUAUUUGAGGGUUGAGAAGGUCCAGAGUUGUCGUCCAGCUUUGCUACAAUGUGGGUGUCUGAAAGUCAGUCUUGUCGUCCUCAUGUUGCAGCGGUUGUCAAGUCACUCUACCCUCUCAUAAUUCGUGUCAAGGUGGUUGUAUCAAAUGGUGGUUUAUAUGGUCUCUAUGGAUCCUUCAAAUGCAUUAUCUGUCAGCGAGCUUGACUGGCAAGGAUUAUUCAGUUUGGUUUUUGUUUGAUACUUUAGGCUCUUGAACUGCAAGUGAGUCAUCUUUCCCAGCCAGUAAGUGUUAUUUGCAUCAACAAAGUUAAAAAAAUGCACGGAAAUCUCUGGGGCUAAUGUUUCUGGUUUUCAUGUGUUUUGAGUUGUCACCGGGUAGUGGCUGAUCCAAGGAAAGAGAAAAAGGGGUUCACAGCAAAGGUGAAGUAGAAUUGUUCCAAAUGCUUUUGCCUCCAUGGGCAGAGAUUCUGAAGCCCUGAUUUUGUCUGUUGACUCUAAGUUGACAGUUCUAAUCUUUAGGCA